AUGGAACAUUUGCUCUUCACCGGUGCUACAGCCCCAAUCGUCAUUCCCUAUUUUUGCACUGAGGAUUGGGACAGUAGCGACUUUCUCACGUACCCCAAGCGUAAGGGAUGGGAUCUUACAGCCUGGGAGCCUUCGGACGGUGAAUUUAAAUUGGAUACCGGCGGCCGUUCCUUCGAGGAAAUAUCCGCUUUCUUACAAACAUGGCUUUUCUUCGGCCUCCUGGAGUCCGUGCUGGGGAUCAGGAUUCCAAGAGAGGACUUCAUACGUCAGAAGAAAGCCGGGAAGGAUGAGAAGCAGGUAGUUAUCACCACUAGGAAACUUAAGCACUAUCUUGAAGACUGGAGGCGGCGCAUGGCUGAGUUGACGAAGGAGGAGCAGGAUUGUGCGGCUACUGUCAUCUGGGAAUAUCUGUCUCGGGCAAUGGUAGUCAAUGGAAUCCUCAAUUUUCAGUUGUUCUAUGGCGAGGAUAUACCCGAAUCCAAACCAUUGCUGGAGUCCUUGUUUUGUCAAACCCUCCUCAAUAAUGCACUCCGGCGGGCUCUUCUUGACAUAAUACCAGAGACAAAUUGGUCAGCACUGGAAGCUCCAAAUCACAUGAAGCUACUUUCUGACCGAAUGGUCGAUGCGGGCUGGUGUCCUUACACAGUGGGUUUCCUUGAGGAUCAGUGUCAACCCGACGUCCAGGCGUUCGUGUAUUCUCUAGGUACUGUACGAGCGCAGCAAGACCACACUGCUUGCAAGGCUGCUGACUUCAAUGAGAUUGGCCGUCACUGUGUGGCUGGCCGGGUCGAAGGGAAGGCAGCGCUCGAAGCUAAGCACGUCAGUGCAGAUUGCAAGUGCGAAUCUCUCGGACCACCAGCGGAAAGAGUCAUUGAGUUAAUAGAAGAAGGGCUGACUCCGUGUGUCGCCAUCUCCACCUCGGAUGAUAACGACGACAUCGAGAUCCUCGUGGGUGGUACGAAACUCGAACCCGAGUCCGAGGUUAGCGCGUAUUUCGCACUCAGCCACGUGUGGACGGACGGAUUGGGCAAUCAUGAGCACAACUCUCUCCCCGCCUGCCAGGUUAGAAGGCUCGCAGGCAUUCUCCAUGCUCUCGACGACACUAAGCUCUGUCCAGCGGCAACAAGCAAAAUGGAGUCAAACCUAGUGAAAGGCCGUGCCACGGCCAAUUUCUGGUUGGACACGUUGUGCAUCCCUGUUCAAUCGCAAUUUCAUGAGUAUCGUGAUCGUUGCAUUCAUGACAUGCACCAAAUCUACCGUGAAGCGGUAGCAGUCGUCGUUCUCGACCCUGACCUACAGCAGGCUACUAGUGUGUCGAAACCAGUAGAGAUCGUGGCUCGCUUAUUGUGCUCAGUAUGGAAGACGAGGCUGUGGACAUAUCAAGAGGGCAGCCUUGCUCUCGAUCUGUACUUAGCUGGCAAAGAUUGCCUCCUUGAACUUUCUGACCUCACAAGCGCAAUCAGUGAGUUUUCAGACUCCGAAGAUGAAGAUGUCCACAAGCACAUGAAUCGAGACAUCGUUGAGUUCCAGAUCACGAGGUCAAUCAUGAUUGUUUGCCGCAAAUUCAUCAUGUCUUUUGCUCGAUGGGACCACGAAAAGAAUCCGGAAAGUACUCUUGAUGAUAUGCUUCGAGCACUCUCUCAUCGGGGCACAAGCCGUCCAGACGAUGAAGCCAUUUGCAUUGCGACCUUUAUGCACCUCGACCCGGCUCCAUUGCUCGAUGCCUUACCUCGGCACAGGAUGACAAUGCUCCUACAAAUGCUGCCUUGGAUACCUAAAUCGGCACUCUUUGCCUAUGGACCGAGGCAGCAGACACCAGGAUUUCGGUGGGCCCCUUUGACAUUUAUGACCCCGUACGGGAUCAAGAAUCGGGUGGUAUGCUCGAUCACGUAUGCGCCCGAUCUGGCCGAUCCCAAGGCUUCAGUACCCAUUCCCAGCUCGUUUCUCCAUCCGAAGGGUGUCGGCCUAGCUGUGUUUUUGCCUGGCAUGACAUUCGCCCCUAAUCGUGAGAAUUCGAUUCCAGAAAACUUCGCUGUGGUAACACCCGAUGGCACGGGGUAUGUGAUAUCUUUCCACGAUACGGGCUCGGAUAAAAUCUGGGUGGAGACUUCUCCCAACAACUUUACAGGGUCGGGCGCUAUCAUUCUUUCUCACCACAAAUCCAAGAAGUCCAAAUAUGCUCUGCUCGUGGAGAUGCUUGACCAAAAAAGCGAAGAAGGCUAUCCACUAUGCAGGUGGAGAUGUCAAUUGACGGCAGAAAGUUUGGACGAUGUUGUGCUUGAGGGAAAAAUAGCAAAAGCGGCUGAGGAGUACCGAUUCACCGGAGAAUUUGUUCGUUUUCAGUGGUGGGUUAUUGAUUGA